AUGACAUUGUCUCUUUCUAUAAUUCUAUUCCCUCAUCCCUCUCUGUCUUUUUCUUUUCUUUUCCCCCUUUCCUCCUCCUUUUUAUACUUUGUGACUCCUUCAUGUCUUUCCCCUUCUUCCUUCUUAUCUCUUUCAUUCACUUUUCAUCUGUCUCUUUCCAUCAUUUUGUUUCAUUACUCUCUUUCAUUACUUUUUCAUGACACUCUUUACUUUCUUCUUCCUUUUUAUUUUUUCUCUUUCUUUCUUUUUUCUUUCUUUCACUCUACUUUUCUAACUAUUUCUCUUUCUUUUGGUUCUUCUCCUUCUUCUUCUUGCUUUUUCUCUUUUUCCCUCUACUCAUUCUCUUUUCUCUCAUUCUUUCUUUAUCCUGCUUUUUCUUUUGCUCCUACUCACUCUUCAUCUUCUGCAUCAUUUUCACUCUCUUCUUUCCUGUACAGUAUCUACAACCAUCCCUCACCUGCUGCUGUAGAGAGCAUACAAACAUAUUUCUAA